AUGGCACCUAACUCAUCUCCCCCUCUACCUCGAUCUCUCAGCUCCUUGAUGGGCGAUCCCGCUACCCCAUCAUCCUCUCAACGUCCUGCAACUCCAGUCACUUCUCCAUGCAAGGCGACGGACGCAAAGAACGCCAUCAUGGGGGUCGUGUAUUCUGCUUGGGAGGUGUUGCGUGAGGCAGAGCCUCUUGAUCCAGCCAUGGAUUUUGAAUUCCUUAUACGCAAGUUCCUUUCUGCUCUGCAUAAUCUUCACGCUUUCUCGGACUCAGUGUCGCAAAUGCACUAUGCCCGGUUUUGCCAAAAGGCCCAAGCACAUCUUGACUCCUUUGUCCAAUCAUCAUGGCUGUCGUGGUGUGAGGAAUUGAUCUCACCUGAGUGGGCUGCUGCCUUCUCGGCAAUCAAGGAACUGAGCCCUCCUCCAGUGACUGAAGCUUCUAUGCAUACUGCUUCCGAUACUGGCGAGGUCGUGGCCUCCGGCUCUCUGACCGCUUUCACCAGUGCUGAUGACUCCCUUCCAGCUGCCUUUCUGGCACCUUCCUCCAUGGUAGCUGCUUCUGUUGUGGCUGUGGCUGCUCAAGGUGUUCCCAUUCCAAAGUUCGAGUUCCAGGCUCGUGUGACCAACCCAGUCACUAUCGACCCUCCUUCUGACUCCGAUACUGCAGCCAUGGAGGUCGAAAUUCUGCUUGCUACCAUGGUCACCCAACCCCCUUCUGUGCCAGUCUCUGAGACCAUCGAGCUCUCCAGCAAUGAUGAGGAUGACAGCGACAGUGAUGAGGUCGAGUUCAUUGGUGGCACGAUCCCCAACUUGUCUCCAGUGCAUCCGAAGAAGGGCAAGGGUCACGGUCGCAAGUUCUUCAAAGCUUCCAGAAUGACUACAACCUCAGAGGACCAGUAUGUGCACAUGCCUGUGUGCACCUUUCACAAUCACUUCCUCCCCCCAGAGUAUCUCCCAGCUUGGCAGAAGCUGUCUAUCGCUUGCUUGAAGGACUGGCCCCUGCCCAAGAUGCUGGAUGCUUCCAUGAUUGCGAAGGCUUCCAGUCACCAGGGUGACUACGAUGAGCAGAUGCAUGAUGCGAACACUGCUGGCAGUGAUUACACUGUGGAGCUCGAGCUUCCGCUGGACACAUCAAUUGAUGAAUAUGAGACUGUGAUUGCUCUGGCCCCACGCCUUCAUAGGCCUCCCUCCUUUCUCGUUUUGUUCCUGGCUAACUGA